AUCUACGUGCUUGAGGGUCAAGUUUUUUCACUCAUUGGAAUUCUUGGCAAGGGGAAGAUAUGGUUCAUCCUUUUCAAUUUUUUUAUAAAACGCUCUAUUUGUCAAGAAUGGCAGUAUAACGGGAUUGUUGCUAUUUGGAUACCUGGACAUACUUAUAGUUUAAUCCCAAGCCCCUUCUGCAUUAGUUUUUUCAGAUUAUAUAUACUACUAAAAACAUCUGUUUACCGACGCAGCACCGACGGAUUUUUUUCCGUCGGUAUUCCGAAGGACUUUCCGACGGAGUCUCUUGAUUCAGAUAAGGAGUAUGGAUUCGUGUGCUCAGACGAGGUGCCCGAUGAACAUGACUUUGAUGUUGAGAACCGAUACUACAACUCCAGAGAUAUGAGAAGCACAUUAGGUACGUGUCAAGAAAGGUUCGGGCAGAAAGUAGGACAAGAAUCAAGGGGCGUUUUGCCAAGAUGGACAUGCAUCAGUAGUGUCAAACAGUCAAAGGUUCUUUUUCCAAAUAAAGUUGCGGAAGCAAAUAGUCCAGGACAUUCUGCUGGAUCAUUGGUAUGCCGUAAUGAUGAAGCAAAUCCAUUUGUCCCCCACAAACCAUCAAAGAACAACAAUCUGGAGCUCCAUUACGAUAGGAAUCUUCCUAAUCGGCGGGGUUUAAGAGAUGAAUUUGUACAAGAGAAGCAGUGGAGGAGCUCGCUAGGAGUCAGCCGACCGAUGAGCAAGGCCAGCCAAUCAUGCCAUCGGAGGAAGAAACUCUCCCAUUGUGGCUGAAUGUGGCUGGUGGCGUGUAUAGGGGUAGAGCAUACGGCCUUUCCUCCGAGCGCAAUUUUCAUCGCCUCGCGUGUGGACUAAAAGGUAUUGGGACAUCCGCCACCGUGCAACUGCAGCGCACAAUUCAACAACUUUCUAGGAAUUGUGCCGAUGAACGAGAAAAAAGAAAAAAUGAAGAGAAGAUUAGAGACGCACUUAGAAAUGACAUUGAGUCUCUCAAGGCUCAAGUGAAUCACUUAAUCGGCUUGCCCCGCUCUCCGCCAAAAAGCUACAUUUAUGAAGAGGAUGAAAGUGAUGGAAAUAAUACGAAUGAUGAAGAAGAUGAGGGGGAACCCGAAGAUGAGUGAUUUUAUGUUUGGUUGGAUUGUUGUUUAGUUGGAUGUUAACUUUGAAUGUUACGUUUUGAUGUUUGGUUGGAUGGUUUUGAUGAUUGAUGGGAUAAUUUGGAUAUUUGAUGGGAUAAUUUGGAUGUUUAGAUAUAGUUUAUAAAAUUUUUUUGUUGUUAAGUUGAGUUUUA